AUGGGACAAGCAGACGACGAGAAACGAGAGGUGCCGAAGAAGACAUUGUUCGUGACGGUAGGAUCAUACAAAUUUGAUGAACUGAUUGAAUUCGUGGAUACAUACGAGUUUCACGAUUUUCUUCAAAAUGAAGGUUUUUCCAAAAUGACAAUGCAGAUCGGAGAAGGUACAUAUGUGCCUAAACUGAUAUAUAAAAAUAAGGAUAAUAAUAGAAAAUCAUUAAAAAGGGUAAAAUAUUUUCGAUAUAAAAAAAGUUUGUCUGAAUAUUUUAAAAAAGCAAAAUUAAUUUUAUGCCAUGCAGGAGCAGGUACUACCAUUGAAUGUUUACGAAUGAAUAAAAAAAUUCUAAUUGUUGUGAAUAAAAAAUUAAUGAAUAAUCAUCAAAUGGAAUUUGCUUAUUUUAUGCAGUCGUUUAAUUAUGUGGACAUAUGUGAAAAUUUAAGAAAUCUCAUGGAACAAAUUAGAAAAUGUUUAAAGAAAAAUACGUAUGCAACCCUUCCCUCCCCUCAGACGAACGAACUUUUUCUUAGUGACUUACGACGUUGUUAUGAGUAA